AGGAGAUAUCGAUCGCACGCGAGGCAUUGUGUAAAUAACCGCGUACUAUCUUGCCGGAAAACAUCGUGCGCUACGUCAAAUAGACGCAAGGCCAUUUUCUGCGACACACGUUUUUCGUUCAGUUCUACACAAGCGGCUCCGCCGAGCGUAUUAAUCGGAAGCAUGUCGCUCCUCGCGAGAAUCGCCAAGUGUGAGGUACGUUUCAUCAGCCGGUCCUACAGCAAUGCCGCCCCAACGGUUAAAAUGUACAUCGAUGGACAAUUCGUGGAAUCAAAGGCCACGGAAUUUACGGAUGUCCAUGACCCUGCGACGAAUCAGCUGUUGUGUCGAACUCCAAAAUGUACGCAGGACGAGAUGGAGAGUGCCGUGCGGAGUGCACGAAAAGCGUACGAAAAGUGGCGGAACACCAGCGUACUCACGAGGCAAAGUUUGAUGCUCAAAUAUCAAGCACUGAUCCGAGAACACUCAGAAGAAAUUGCGAGGAACAUUGUGAGGGAAAAUGGGAAAACCAUGGCUGACGCGGAAGGAGAUGUGCUUCGAGGUCUUCAGGUCGUCGAUGCGUGCGCGUCGAUCCCGAUGCUGCAGAUGGGCGAGUCCACGACCAACAUCGCCACGGACAUGGACAUCGUCUCGCACAAAGUUCCCCUCGGUAUUACCGCAUCCAUUUGUCCCUUCAAUUUCCCCGCCAUGAUACCGCUGUGGUCGUUCCCGAUGUCGGUGGCGUGCGGGAACGCCGCUAUCCUGAAGCCGUCGGAACGUGUACCAGGUGCGUCCAUGAUCCUCGCUGAUCUCUUCACGAAGGCCGGCGCCCCAGCUGGCCUUCUAAGCGUUAUACACGGCCAACGUGAAACUGUGAACUUCAUUUGCGAGCACCCCGACAUCAAGGCUGUUUCGUUUGUCGGUUCCGACCAGGCGGGCCGAUACAUCUACAGGCAGAGCAGCGCGCACGGCAAGAGGGUGCAGUGCAACAUGGGUGCUAAAAACCACUGCAUCGUACUGCCGGACGCGAACAAGAACAAGACAUUGUCGCAGAUCACCGGCGCGGCUUUCGGCGCCGCUGGGCAACGAUGCAUGGCGCUCUCGGUGGCGAUCUUCGUGGGUAGGUCGAAGGAGUGGAUACCCGAGUUGGUGCAGGCGGCCAAGAGGUUGAGGGUAAACGCCGGUCACGUGCCGGGCACUGAUCUCGGACCUGUCAUAUCGCCGCAGGCGAAGCAGAGAAUCUGCGAGCUGAUCGACAGCGGCGUUAAAGACGGCGCGAAGCUGCCUCUCGACGGAAGAGGCGUCGUCGUGUCCGGUUAUGAGAACGGAAACUUCGUCGGACCGUCGUUGUUGACCGACGUGAAGCCCGCGAUGAGGUGUUACACGGAAGAGAUAUUCGGGCCGGUCCUGUCGUGCAUGUUCGUUGACACGACGGAGGAGGCCAUCGACAUCGUUAAUAAAAACCCGUACGGAAAUGGCACGGCAGUCUUCACAACGAACGGCGCGACAGCCCGAGCAUUCGUCAACAGAAUCGAAGCGGGCCAAGUUGGCAUCAACGUUCCCAUCCCGGUGCCCUUGCCGAUGUUCAGCUUCACCGGCAACAAGGGUUCCUUCCUCGGCGACAAUCACUUUUACGGGAAAUACGGAGUGAACUUCCACACGCAAACGAAGACGAUAACUCAACUGUGGAGAUCCGACGACGCUACCGACAUCGCGUCCUCGACGGCGAUGCCGACCAUGCAAUAAGGCUAUUGCGAAGGUACUUUUGCGACAAGUGAAAAAUAUGUUAAACAUUUCCGAAUCUUCUCAGACGGAGACGCCGCGCCGUGCGAAGCACGUGCGAAGCCGUGCCGUGUGCACGGCUGAAUUCCGUUGUGCACGUGUCUCGCGGCAAUAUUACAAUCGCAAUGUCUUCCACACUGUGUCUCACGUUACGUACAAAUCUGUUCCUACAGCAGACUGUAGACUGCAGGCUCGAGAAUAUUGUGUGUUAUGGUCUGAAUAAGCCAAGUAUAUAUAUAUAUAUAUAUAUUUUUAUAGCAUAAUAAAGUAUUAAAGUCCUCGUCGGGGAAGUAUUCCCGAUCGUCUGUGUUCGGGAACACUGUUUAUACUUUGAUGAUAAAACUUUGCUGGCCGCUACUUAUUAUGUUACGCUCAAUAUGUUGCGAAUAAAACAGUACAUAUA